AUAUGCAUAUCUAAUACGUGCAUAACACCCCUCUCCUAUUGGUUAACCAGGAAACUUUCCGAUCAUCUCAAAUCACACCAGAUUUGUCGGCGACGCUCCAUUUUUCAGACCCGACCCGAUUAUUCUCCCUCUACAGCGUCCCCAUAAUUUUACAUAUAUACGCAUGUGUAUUUGAUAUAUAUUAAACUCCGAUACACCGAUCUAUGUAUAGCAGCAAAUGUGAACGGAGAGAGGUCAGGGGAUCUAUCAGCAUUGUUGAAAAAGCUUCUAUCAUUUAGCUUCAAGAGCCCAGACCUGUGAAAGUUGUGGCUAAAAACUUGAUGGUUGUCGUCCGAAUGUCCAAGAUGUUCUUCACUUCACACAUGUAGAAAGGCUCACUUGUGUUGUAGCGGAAGAACAGCAGCAACUCACAAGUAUAUCUCUGCUUGGAGUGUGCAUUGAAAAAUGAAAGGCGGAAAUGUUGGUAGAUUUUUGGGAGGACAGUUCUCCUUUUUCCUGUCUGCUGUCUUAUUUACAACCAUAUUUCUUUGGUCCUGGGAGAAGAAUCCACUUCUUACUAACUUACUGUCAGCACAAGAUCAGUUCAUAAUGCAGCCCUCAGAGAUUUCAGUGGAUGAAUCUGCAGUACCAUUGAGAUCAAACGAACAAAUAGUGGACGAGCAUUCAAAUUCACAAAUAGCAGAAGGAAGAACAGAGGAAAAUAGACUGGAAGUAUCUGAUAUUUCUGUUAAGAAUGUCACAGUCAUGCCUUCCACUAAAAGGAGAGAUGAUAAAAAAAUUAUGACUUCCCAAUUAGAGAGAAGAGCUUGCAAUUUUGCUAAAGGCAGGUGGAUUGCAGACAGAAGGCGACCAUUAUACUCUGGGUUUAAAUGUAAGCAAUGGUUAUCAGAUAUGUGGGCAUGCAGACUGACCCAACGUACUGACUUUUCCUAUGAGGGAUAUCGUUGGCAACCAGACAAUUGUGAGAUGCGAGACUUUAAUGGUUCAGAACUCUUGAGAAGAAUGCAGGACAAAACUAUUGCUUUUAUUGGAGAUUCACUUGGUAGACAGCAAUUCCAGUCUCUCAUGUGUAUGGCUACCGGUGGUGAGGAGAUGCAUGAAGUUGAAAAUGUAGGAUGGAAGUAUGGCUUGGUCAAACCACGUGGAGCUGUACGCCCUGAUGGAUGGGCUUAUAGGUUUCCAAACACAAACACCACAAUUUUGUAUUACUGGUCAGCAAGUCUUUGCGGUAUAGAGCCCUUCAAUGUUACAGAUCCUGCCACAAAAUCUGCCAUGAACUUGGAUCAACCUCCUGCUUUUCUGAGGAAUUAUCUUGAUCAAUUUGAUGUCGUGGUUCUAAAUACAGGUCAUCACUGGAACAGAGGGAAGCUUAACGCAAACCGAUGGGUGAUGCAUGUAAAUGGAAAGCCUGUUGUAAACAGGAAGCUUGCAGAAAUAGGAAAUGCUAAAAACUUCACAGUUUAUAGUAUUUCCAGAUGGCUUGAUUCCCAAAUUGCUUCACGUCCACAGCUUAAGGCUUUCUUCCGGACCAUAUCACCCAGACAUUUCUCCAAUGGGGACUGGAAUACUGGAGGUCGCUGUGACAAUACUAUUCCACUUACAAAAGGAAAUGAAAUCCAGCAAGAGGAAUCAAGUGAUCCAGUUAUCGGGGAUGCUGUGAAGGGCACAAAGGUUAAGUUAUUGGACAUAACAGCUAUUUCUGAACUAAGGGAUGAGGGUCAUAUAUCUCAUUACAGUUUAAAAGCAUCAGAAGGUAUAAACGACUGCUUGCAUUGGUGCCUACCCGGCAUCCCUGACACGUGGAACGAACUCCUGUAUGCGCAACUGUAGUGUCUAUAGAAUCUGCUGAAAAAGUAUGAAGCUCAUCCAACUUGACCAAUGUUGAUGACCUGUCACUUGCGUUUGGUCCAAUUCAGCUUGUUUGCUUGUGUAGUCUAUUGUAUUCUUUUUGUAAGUAGAGUUAUUCAUACACCAGGAAAGAGAAACAACUAUUCCCAACUCAAAUCAGACACAAAGCAAGAUGCAAAUGCAAUGCAUUGUAUGGGCUAAAAUGCUUCAUCUGCAGAGAAUAAUGAAGCUGCUGCAGUCCUUGAACUACAUCCAUGACUUUUUUGUGAAAAGUUUCCUCCUCUGUAGGCUUAGGGAUUCUUAGUGUGAAGCUCUGCAAGCUUGUCCAUAAGUUUUAGGAUUUAUACCUAUUGUUUAUAUUCAUUAAUAGGUGUUCUUUAGAGAUAUAGUCUUGAUAGAUUCAAUGUUGUUACAACAUUACGAUUUAUUAUUCAUCAAUAUAUGUUUAUAGUACAUUGCUAAAGUAUUUUUGGGCUUCCAUUCAAAGCUUGUAUUCUCCUUCCAACACCGAGCAUGUGUCAGACUCUAUGCAUCGUGUUACUCUUAUGUUGCUAA